UUCGUUGUUUGGUGCAUCGUUUCAUUUGUGACAAAAAUUUUGGUUUUGCGUUAAACGAAAUUACUUACUAGUAAAAGUAUAGUAACUAUAGUUAACGGUUUAUGUUGUUAGAAAUGCCUUCACAAAAAAGUAAGUUAAUAAAGGUAAAAUCUGAGACAGUAACAGCAGCUGCCUCCACACCGAUUCAAAUCAAACCCGAACCAUUGGACAUAAAGCCGCUCGGUGCUUACGUUGAUGAUCGCGUCGAAUUGAUCCGGCAAGCUUUCACGUGCUUGAAACCGAAGGAAGUCAAAUGCCUUGUUCCGGAUUUUCUGCAGGGCAAAUCCAUCGAAUCCAUCCAGGAACAAUGCUUGGAUGAGAUGCUUGGAAUAUCUACGAAGCGGCUAUUAGCGAUCAUCAACAAUACCAAGUGUCCAACGGAUACCGAAUCAUCUUCGGACGAGGAUGAGAAAUUUAUUGAACAUAUAUCGUUGGAUGAAAUUUCGUCAGAUUCUGAGGUAGAAAUUGCCAAACCAGCAGCGAAGAAGAUCAAGUCAAAAGAUAUUAAGUUGAAGAAAACCAAGGCAGCAGAACCUAAAUCGAACGAGAAACCCAACAAGAAUGGUGACAAGAAAGGUGAAAAAGAAAUGACCGUUCUAGAACUACUUGAACUGCAAGCACGUGCUAGGGCAAUCCGUUCUCAGCUUGCUCUUGAACCGGUAACGAAAAUUGAACUAGACUCUGAUCAAGAUGCCGAAAAUGCUUCUGAUACUGGCCGAGAGCCAUCCAAGGCUGCAGAGAAAACUAACGAAAAAUCUAAACCGGAUAGUACCAGCAGUGCUAAACUGUCUGGUGACUCACCGGCUACAGAACAACCCAAGCGAGUGCGAUUGAAAAGGAACUUCCGUAUUCGUCAGGUAGGUGAGGAAGAUCCCCAUGAGGAAACAUCUCAAUCAUCAGUCCCGGAACAACCACCUGUUCGAAAAUCGAGAAGCAAGUCCAAGGAAAAAGUAGUGGAAUCACCGAAGACAUUAAGUGAUGCUCAUCAAGCAAAACCAGAAGAAGAAGUACAAGAUCCGAAAAGUAGAGAUAGUUCACCGGAAGUGAUUCCUGUUAUACCGAGUCCGGAAACUCUAUGCAUAUCGUCCGAUUCGGAAGACGAAAAAGUAAAAAAAGCUAAAUCAUCGAUAUUCGUUGACAACAUCGAAGAGUUGGAAAAACAACUGAAAGAAAAGCAAGUACAAACGUCUGCACCCAAACAAGAUCACAAAGAUGAACCGGAAGAAGGUGAACUUACCGAAGAGGACAAGUCACCAAAACGCAAUAGGAAAGAAUCCGUCAAAUCAAACACUGGAAAAAGCGAACACACAGAAGCGGAAAGCCCCAAUAACGAAGAACAUCCUGUAGCAAACUUGGAACAAGACGAAGAGCUCGAUUACGAAGUGAAAGAAAUUUCAGACUCCGAACCGGAAACAACUACUCAGCGUAACGAUUCUGCUAAAACCGAUAAAGAUGAAGCCGAAAAAGCUGCUUCGGUCGAUAACAGCGAAAGUGAACCGGAAAGUGCAACCAGCAACGAUGAUGAUAAGGAUAAAUCGUCCAGUGAUGAACAUGAUGAUGACGAUCAUGAUCCAGACGUUGUAGAAAUACACGAUUCAAGCGAUGAAACACUACUGGAGCAGAAAAUGACAGACGAUGAACCGGAAAAAUCGUGGGGUUCGCGCUGGCUUCAAAGUAAGCGAGUGGCAAAGGUAAUGGCUGCAUCUCGUUUAGGCAACAAAGUUCGUGAUAAACUCAAGGAGAAGAAAAAGCAAAAGCAACAGCAAGAGCAAGAGGAGGAAGAAGCAAGGAAAGUUGAAUCACCGGAACCACCGGUAGAACCGGAAGUGCCAUCCAAUGUGGAGGUUGGUUCUGUCGAGCAUUACAAGGAACUGGUUGCAAAAGCCGGAGAAUCUACAUCAACAGACAAGGUGGAUGCUGAAGUUACAGAGAAAGUCGACAGGACACAGGAUAAAAAGUAAGAAAUAUAAUGUAAGUACCUA